AUGUCAAUUCAACUCUUAAGAUCCAGGGCAUUACUGCAACGUCAUUCCUGGCUGGUCUCUAGACUCUCAGCUGGUCGUAGUUACAAGAUUUACAACCACAAAAAACUCAUUCGACAAACAUAUCAUCUCCCAUCACCGAAUUCAUACCCAAUUAACCAACGAUCUUUUCAUUCCAGUCGAUCUACACACACUCCACUUAUACCGAUACCUGCAAUGGUACUAGCUGUCAUUAAAACUGGAAACCUCGUUAGCUUUGUUUCUCUAUCUUCAAAAACUUCGCUCACUCUCUUGCCACACACCUUUCGACGGGAUAGGGGUAAGCUAGUAGCAAAGCUUCUAGCAAGCGUACCUAUCCUUGGCAUGACACUUUUACUUCUCAUUGGUCUCGAUCAGGCACCAAACACUUCACGACUACGAUUUAUUUACUUGAGUGAAGAAGAAGAAGAAGAAAUCGUCGACUUGGAAAUUGCCCAACUAUUAGAAGCACAUUACGGCAUCGUUGCACCCAAAGACAAUGAAUACGUUCAGUGGCUACAGACAAUUGCAGAUAAUAUCGCAGCAGUGGCAGAAGACGAUAUCCGGUCCCCCGUACGGCCCUACUUGGGCUAUGCUCAGGGGGAAACAAAUGAAAACGGAGAAUCAAAAAGAAAUUACGAUGUAAACAUUAUAUGUGACUCAAGUACAAUGAAUGCCAUGUGCGCUGGUUCGCGCGUGUUAGUAUAUGACUUGAUGAUUCAAUAUAUGGAUUACGAUUCUACAAAGCUGGCUGUAAUUAUAUCGCAUGAGAUUGCCCACUCUAUCCAACGUCACUUUGUUGAAGCUCAUGGAUUUGCAUCUCUUAUGUUCAUGCUUGGAGAUAUCACAAGAGGCGUAUUUUGGAUGCUUACAGAAUCGCUUGGACCAUAUAUCAACCAGAAAAUUAAUGAGACGAUAUCUACUUUCAUCACAAUGGAGACCCAGACAACUUACAAUCGAGUUCUUGAGAAGGAGGCCGAUUUGGUAGGGUUAAAAUUACUGGCAAAGGCUGGUUAUGACCCCACAGUUGCAUUGGAAGUUUGGACCAAGAUGGCAGAGCUCGAAGAAAACUUAGAACACCAGACGAUUAAACCAGUGACCGGAUCAACCGGAAGGCACGGUUCGAUUGGCCACAUCCCAUCAACCCAUGCUUCUCAGUACGAAGAUCUAGAGAUGGACGUGCACCUCUUUGUUGAAUCUCUGAUUCGUUCCUGGUUUGGAUCAAGCCAUCCGCCCAGUCAAGAACGACUUGAAUACAUGAAAGAACACAUGGAAGAUGCACAAAAACUUUAUAAAGAUGCGCUUAGGAUUAAUGGACCAGCCAAAGAAUACAUCUUUAGGAAUGAGCGAAGAGACAAUCCUUUUGAGGACAGCAGUGAAUUGCACACAGGGCUGGCUGCAAUCAAGCAAUGGGCUUAUUCUGUAUUUUCCUGGAGCAUAAUACCGUUUCAUUUGAUAUCUAAAACAUAA